AUGUCACGAAAGCGAUCUAUCGAAAGUCCCCCUUCGACAUGUGUGCUGGAGCUCUGUAUGGCGAAAGGAGGAUCGCGACCAGGACAUUUACUCCAUAUGGGAGCCUCGCGAAAGCCGCAAGAUAAGGUCAUUGAAUUGACCUGCAAACUGAUAUACCUCGAAACCUUGAAGAUACUCUACACUGCGAACACAUUCGACAUGCGCCAAAGCGAGAGUUUGGUACGCCUGCCACAAGUGAUCACUCCAGAUCACUGCCAGCAUAUCCGAAGCAUACGAUUCAGCACAGUCCUCCAGUGUCCCAUCAUACUUCGUGGUGUUCUGCCAUCGAGGACCUUCCCACCGGACAACUCAACCAAGUGGCUGGCAGCGUGCGAGGUACUCGCGGCAUUCCACCAUCCAGAGACGCUGGACAUAACCUUGGCAGUUUGGUCGCAAAUUCCGAGCGACAGAGAGCGCGCCGAUGACGAAACUAUCACCACCCUUCUGCAGCCACUACAGGCUGUUCGAGCCAUGGACUUCUCGGUCACUCUGGCACAGACCGUCCCUGAUGAGCUCCGUGCAAAGCUAGGAUCUACACCAUAUCGCCUGAUCCAGCGCCAUCGCCCUGGCAUAGGAUACUAUCCUGAUUCAUCUGACGACUAA